GUCUCGACCAGCCAGUUGCUUGUGGGUGGGAAGCAGUCGGAACUGUUGCUGCGCAAUAUGAUAUGUCCGCGGUUAUGGCCCUCAACGUUCACCGCGUCCUCAACCUGACCGUCUUCACCUUGUUCUCGGUGGUCCUUUUCUUCUGCAUCGUCUUGACCCCUGCCGAUGCGAUCUAUCAGUGCUACGUCACGCAGCGCCUCACGAACAUCUUCAUCAUCACCGGUGGCUACGUCGUCACGUUUAUUCUUGCGGCCCUGAUCUACACGACGCGCAUCUACACGAAUCGCACUGUCCUAUCCGGAAUCCCCAAGGCAUGGAUCCCCGUCGAGAAGCAAGAUGUCGGAAAGAGUGUGCGACGACUGGUCAAGGAGGGGCUUGCACAUAGUGCCAUCAUUGCUUACCAGGCUCGACCAAGGGACAUUGCAACAGAAGGACAUGAUUUUUCAGACUACGAAUCCCUGUUGGUGGACCACGACAGCCCACCCUGGGGGCAGGUCGAGCACCCCGGGUGGUCGUCGCCCUCAUGUCCUGACUUGCCCGACCUACCGUAUCGAACAGUGGUUCAGGAACUGCCUCAUCUCAUUGAAGCCAAAGCCGUCUCCCUAGCUCCUCCCGACCCGAUCUUCACGGCUACUCGCCGUGCACUCCAUACGCCUUUUCCCGACACCGAAGAGUCAAUUCCAGACACACGGGUGGUGGAAGUACUACGACGGCCGAUAUCGAUGGGAUUGCGGGGAUAUUUGCAACACCUCACUGCGCUGAAUGUGAUUGAUCCGCCGGAGAUUGGAAUGGAGUUUGUUGCUCUGUACGAGCGGGCCCGCUUUUCGUCGCGUGAGUUGCACGAGGCCGAAUUCAGGACCCUGAUGCACGUCUUUGCCGAGCUCUUGAGAGGCAUGAAGGUUUUGGAUCCUCGAGUAUUGGAUGAGAUGUGGGGUGAGAGCUCUCGUGCCGAUAGUGAGUCCCUUAUUGGGCCAUCGGACGAAGAGGGGGAGACUGACACGGUGGAUUCCUUUGAGGGGAGUGAAGCAAUGUCCCGGGGCCGGAGCAACAGUCUGCGGCCUUCGAAUGCAUCUACUUGGGAUGGUCGUUCUGCCAAGCAAGGUCGCUGGUCGCCUGUUUGGUCGAGACGUCCCGAGCCGCAGCGAACACUGGUGCCUCCUCGGACGCCGUCAAUGCGGUCGCUUAGGCGAGUGCAAUCAAUUGUGUCUGGUAGUUCCGGGGGGAGCGUGAUCCGCUUGGUUGAAACUCGGAGACGUUCCUUCUUUACCCCGACUCCAUCGGCGACGCCGCAGGACAGUCCUAAGGGCAGCCCCAAGGCCGAUGAAGUUGUCGAAGAGUUCAAGCAGGCCUCGUCAGCCGACACGCUUUUCCCCAAGACUGACCCCUCCGUCGACGGAGAGGAAUGCCUUCACGACUGUGCUUCGUGUACGGUGAAAUACCCUGCCAAGUUUGAUGUCGAUCAGGAGGAUAACAUGUACGGGAAUAUCAAUGGCUGGUCAACUCACGUGCUGGUUGCGACCGGUAAGACCGACUGGGUGAGAGACGUUGCCGAUGAGGAGGGGAGCGUCAUGGAGGCUAUCGAGAAGGGGGGCUUAGUACCCGGCAACGGGAAAUUAAAACUGUCGGCCUCCAACAUGCCGGUUCCCGACGAGUACCAUUACCACGAGUCGGGGAAGCAGCCAACGACCGUCCUAGUCCUUCCCAGUUUUACCAUCGUUGAUCACGUCACACCGGCUCUAGCGCCUGAUCUCAUCAAAUAUUUUGUCAACCGCUCGCCAACGACCACCACGCCACUAGGUGCGGUGGUGGAAUCGAUGGAAGAGACGGAGAAUGCUGAACAACAACCACCUUCGAGCGAAGACAUCCAGUCGCUCACUACCCUUAAAUCCCGCCCCUGCCCUCACUCCGCCGUCAUUCUCCUCUGCUCGCACCGCACCCGGGACGCGCGCUGCGGCCAGUCUGCCCCGUUGCUCCGCAAGGAAUUCGAGCGACACCUGCGCCAUCUCGGACUCUACCGGGACUUGGACGACGAGCGCCCGGGUGGAGUUGGAAUCUACUUCAUCAACCACGUCGGAGGUCACAAGUACGCGGCCAAUGUGAUCGUCUAUCGACGCCGGGACUUUGACUGGCACAAGACAGCGGGUGAGGCCGAGACAAGUGGCGAGGGCGCAGCGCAGGGUAUCUGGCUUGCGCGGGUGAAGCCGCAGGACUGCGAGAAUAUCAUCCGGUACACGGUCUUGCAGGGCAAGGUGGUGAAGCCGGGGGAGCAGCUUCGGGGUGGCUUUGAUAGAGCCACGGGGCUGACUAGCUGGUAGUCUUGUCCGCCAUACUCCGUAUAUAUGCUGCGAUUUGUCAUUUCAUUGUAGUGAUAAGUUAUAUAGCACGACAAC